AGUUGACUACCGGCGACGGUGAAUAAAUAAGGUGGAUUUUGUUCAGCUGAAUCUAAUUUAAUUCCUUUUUGACGAUCUUCCAUGAGGCGGUAUCCAACAGAAGUGUAUAUGAUGGCAGCAGUACGUAAUAAUGCUGACAUCGGGGGGCAUGUCCGAAUUCCCGGAGUGAUCGGGCCCCUAGGCCUCCGAAAAGUUCAUUCAAGUCCUACCACGAUUCCGGCGGUAUAAUGAUGAUCUUCUAUCGCAUCGGAGCCUCGCGGUAUCCACCAUAGCUGAAAGCGUCGGGAGGCUGCGCAAGGCACGAUAAUUGGAGAGAGGACCAAUUUAGAAUUUGACCUAGGACGUUGACAACAAGUCGCAUAUAAAUGAGACUUCGUCCCUAAGCUCAUGGAAUACAUUCUCAACCCAACUUCACCCAGCACGUCUUAGUUCACCGCUCUAUCUCGACUGAUAUUCAGAAAAUUUCAUCAUGUUGAGAGCUUACAUUGCUGCUGCUAUCCUCAGCGGAGGGGCAUCAGCAUCAUCUGGGGUGUUCAUUUCUUCACUAUCGUAUACGAAUGGUAGCUCGGGAGUAAACACCACUACCAGCGGAAUUCUACCUUGCGACGCUCUGAUCGAAGCCGGUCUUGGCGAUCGACUUCUUUUCGCCACGGAUCCCGGCUAUGAACCCGAAGUCGAGUCUUGGUAUUCGGAAAAUUCGCGCCAGAGACCUUACUGUUUUGUUCUACCUCGUAAUCGUGAGGAAGUCGCUACCACUUUGACCACGUUGGUUGGUGUCGACAAUGGCGCGGGUGAUUGGCACAUCGCAGUCCGCAGCGGAGGCCAUAGUUCGAUUGGAAGCAACAAUAUUGAUAACGGAGUAACCAUUGAUCUGAGUUUGAUGAAUUCUUCGAGUUACGACCCUCAAACCAACAUCGCCUGCAUUGAACCUGGCGGCCGAUGGAGGGAUGUAUACGCGGAUCUUGAUAAGCAAGGAGCGGUUGUUACCGGUGGCCGAGAUGGCGACGUCGGUGUUGGAGGGUUCCUUAUUGGGGGUGGGAACUCGUUCUUUUCGGGGCGAAUGGGAUUUGGUUGUGACUCUGUCGUGAACUUUGAAGUGGUUUUGGCGAAUGGAACUAUUGUCAACGCUAACAGUACGUCCAAUGCGGAUUUGUGGAAGGCCUUGAAGGGGGGUACCAGCAACUUCGGUAUCGUGACUCGAUACGAUAUGGAAGCUCUCCCUGCUCGGGAUUUGUAUUACGACCUGCGCUAUCUAAGCUACAACUACUCCGAGGCCGCGAUCGAAGCUGUCGCUGAAUUCGCCGACCAGGACCAGUCACUUCACGACAAUGCACUUGUGACCUUCUUCACUUACAACGCUUCGAUGAGUUCGGAAAUAUCUAUCGGCGAAAUCUAUGUCAACACGCAAGGGCACAGCAACGUUACGACAUCAUUUGAUAAGGUUAAGAACCUGCCUGCUAUGCUUAAUGUUUCAGUUAGCCAGAGUAUGGCAAAGGCUGCUGCUGGGUCGCAGGUUCCAGGAGGCACUAGGGACAUUGGAACAACGUUGACUUUUUACAACGACCCUCGAAUACUCCGUCGCUGCAAUGAACUUCAUGAGCAAUUUAUCGAGACUCUGAAACACUCCAUCGAUCCCACUAAGUUUGUGACAAUGGUAUUCUUCCAACCAAUCCCAUCUUACAUGGGGAAGGUUGCCGAAGAGCGAGGUGGAAACAUGCUUGGGUUCAAGAAUAGUGUCCAACAUAACGCUAUCUUGUGGACUUUCGGCGUUGCAAUUCAACCGGAUCAAGGCGAUGAAGCUUUUGCGAUCGCACGGGCCGAGUUGAAGGCGUUGACGGCACAGGUUAAGGAGUACGCGAGAUCAGUACAAGGGGAUAUCGACUUCGUCUACCUCAAUUAUGCGGACGCGAGUCAGGACCCCCUCGGAAGCUACGGAGCCGAUAAUAUUCAGCACAUACGAGAUGUUGCUGCCAAAUACGACCCGAACGAAGUAUUCCAGAAGCGCAUUCCUGGAGGCUUCAAGAUUUCAAGAGUCAAAUGAUGAAUGACGGAUAGUGCCUUGGUGCUUGCUCCUGGCUGAAGCUGUGUCAA